AUGGCCGAUUCACCAUUGAAUUCUGUUCGAGCCGAUUUUUCAUCAUUGAAACAAGUUGACGAUCUGUUGAAUGAUUCAAAAAUUUAUAUCAGUCAAAUGAAAUACGAUGUUCGCCCAUAUUGUCAAUCAGCCCGUGUCAAUAAAUUAUCGAUCGCGCCACUACCUCCUGACAGAGGCAGUUACGCAGCAGCUGUAAUGUUGCCGCAACAAUCGACAACUGCGGAUAAUCAUCAUAUUGAAUUCAUUUUAUCAUCGUUCACCGCUAAAAUGGAACAAACACUGCACGAUUUUGAAUUCCAUAUGACGACACUAAUAUGUGAAUUGGAAAAGAAGAUCGACGAAAGUGCAACAAGGAUGAUCGAAUUGGAAAAUACCGUACCACCAUAUAUGCAAUUGAUGAGUAAUACUGGUUAUGCGAACACGCGUCACGUCCCCACGAAAAAUGAUCUAACAAGGUUUAUUAAUAAUAUUGGUGGAGUACUCGAUCGGCGACAACGUCAACGAACAUCAAGCGAUAUAUUCGCGAUAACAACAACUGUCAUUCCGUUUAAUUCCACAUAUUCAUUAUCAUCAAAUUCAAAACACCAAUCACAACAUUCAGGUAUUAGUGAUAGUGAACAAGCAUCAAUUGAUGCAUUUAAUACCUAUAUACAAAUUGGUGUGGGAAGUCUAUUGUUUAUAUUUGGUUUAACAUUUAAUUGUUUGAGUUUAUUAUAUUUUUAUGUAUCAAGAAGUUUUCGUCAUACUACAUUUCGUCUCUAUUUUUCAAUUAUAUCUAUACUUGAUACACUUCGUCUGCUAGAAUUUUUAGUUUUUCUAUUAUUCGAUAAACAAAUUAUUAAAUUAACCCUAGCAUUAUGCCGAUUCAUAUUCUUUUUCAUCAUGUUCACAGGACAAGCAGGUAUUUUUUUGACAGUUGCAUUAGCUGUUGAAAAAUGCAUUAUUAUUUGGUUUCCAAUCAAAGGUCGUCUUGUCUUUACUAUGACAAUAUCAAAAAUAGUUCUUGUACUUGUCCUUUUACUCGUAUUUUUUGCCGAUUUAAUUUAUUUAUUACCAAAUUUUUUUCUUGAAACAUAUGAAAAUUUUUCAUUACAUACAUACAUGUGUGUAUGGCAAACAGCAAGUACUUCUCAACAAAAUAAAACAAAUGAUGUAUGGAAAAAACAUUAUUUUACAUUUAAUACAAUAUUUUUUCAUUCUAUCAUCCCAUCAAUAUCAUUACUUAUCAUUAAUUGGCUAAUAUUAUAUAGUUUAUCGAAACAUCGUUUUGUUUUAUCUGGAUCAAUUGAUGCUCGACAUGUGCUAAAACGUGAAAAACAAUUUAAAGAAAAAACUAUACAACUAGUAUUAUCAUCAUUUUUUAUUAUAAUUACAAUAUCACCACGUUAUGUUUUAACAAUGGUCAAUAUUUUCUAUUUGACAUUAACGAAAACAUCAUUAUUUCCACUACACAUCUAUGUAAAUUUAAAUACCGUAUUUAGAGUGUUGGAAAUGUCUAAUUAUAGUUUAAAUAUGAUAUUUUCAAUACUGAGUGGUCGUACAUCUCGUAGAGAAAUUCGUAAACUAUUAUGGGAAAAUUUUUUGUGGAGAUUUCAUUUUUCUAAGCCGAAUCAAACGAAAAAUUCUCAAUCGUUUUAUAUUGAUGAUGAUGAAGAUACUGAAAGAUCGAAUCAUUCCGCUAUUACUAUGCCAACUAAUUUAAAUCGUUUAAUUGAUACUGAUGGUAUAAUAUCGCAGCAACAUGAAAAACCAGUUCAACAUCAUCAAUUAAGAACAUUUCAAUUGAACUGUUGUGGUUUGUGUAUGAUUGAUACAUCGAGUUUAAAACAAAUUAAACAACAGCGAUUUCGUUCGACAAAUUUAACUAUGCGUGGUCGCGAUCAUAAUGGAUCGAAUUUGUUAUCACAAAAGCAGCCAAAACGCACUCAUUCAACAACGUCGAUACCAUACAACGGUGGAGAGACAAUAUAUUAUAGCUGGAAUAAUAGUAAUGAUAGUAGUUUUAAACAAAAAGCAGCUAAUAUUAAACAUGAAAACAAAAGUCAACAAACUUCAACUACGAACGAUCAUUUAUUAUCACCAGAUAGGCCACGGGGCGAAACCGUAUACUGUUUUCGGAAUAUUGAUCAGUAUGAUUUGGCAAAGAAACGCUAUCAUUAUCCAUCAAAUAUUAUCUAUACUCAUGCAUUACAAUCAUCUGACAUUAAAUGCCCAUCAAUUACUGUUAAAAAUUCAUCAUCAAAACUAAAAAAGUAUCAUUCAUUCUCGACUUCAUCUUCGUCUUCAUCAACAAGUUCUGGAGCACCAACAAUAAGAUCACCCAUACCAAUAACGUUAUCCUAUUCAUCGUUAACAUUUUGUGGCAGUAAUAAACCAUUACAAAACGUGUAUGAAGAGCAACGUUCAAUAAAACGUGAUGAUAGUGGUCGUAGUACUGAGGAGCAGCAGCAGUAG